AUGAAGAAAAAAGAAGAAUUCAUCUCCCGAGACCCCCGACCACCACGGACCACGACAUCCGCGCGGGCUUUACGCGGACUCCAGCGCCGGUGCCCUAGGGAAAACAGAACUGGAAUCGAUCUGGAACAGAUUGCCAGGUGGAAUGAGCCGGAUGUGGACUAUACUCCCUAUAAUGAUAUAAUAUCUGCUGUAUGGCCGACAUUAAGACAUAGAAACUACACAUGGGGAUUAUUAGAGGGUCCAUUAAAAUCCACGUCAACUUUAUACAGUAAUCCUGAUAUCAUUAUACCAGAUCCUUGUUCUCAUCCUUCUACUAUCAUAUGUGGACAUUCAGAUAAAGAAUAUAUUAAUAUAAAACCACCACAACUAUUAAAACAUGGUAGACGAUAUCGUGUUUGUCUCCAUGCUGAUUCUACAACACUACAACAUGAGAAAUGGGAUGAAGAUCUAGAAGAAAUUAAUAGUUGUAGUGAUGGUAUAACAGUUGAUUUAUCUCCCCCUAGUGGAGGUCGAGUCUGGAUACAAACAGACACUAAUACUAACUAUCAGGUGUCUAGUAAUACUUUGACUGUAUUUUGGGAUUCAUUUAUUGAUGUAGAAGAAGAAGGAGGAGCUGUACAUCCUAGUGGAAUUUCACAUUAUACUGUACAAAUAGGCUCAUUGAGGUAUUUGUCUGAUGUGCUAUCACCUGUUACUGUUGGAUUAAUAAAUCACCAGGUUUUCCAUAACUUAACUCUACAGAAUGGUCACCAGUACUUCGCUACAGUCACAGCUGUUGAUUUUGUGAAUAGAAAUAAAACAGUAGUCAGUGAUGGAAUAAUUAUUGAUCAUACAGCUCCAGAAAUACUUCUAAACAGAAUACAGACAUCUUCACCAUAUCUCAUAUCUUUAGAUACAAUAUCAGCUUGUUGGAUGGGAAGUUUUAAAGACAGUGAAAGUGGUAUUAAAUUAUAUAAAUGGUCAGUAGGUAGUAGAGAAGGUCAAACAGACGUAUUAAAAACAAGAGAAACAGUUGAAAAUUGUGAUGUAGCUACACUGAAUGUUAACUUACAGGAUGGCUUUACUUAUUAUAUUAACGUCCAGGCCAUGAAUGGAGUUGGGAUGUCUACCAUGUUAAUAUCACGACCACUAACAGUGGAUACAACACCACCAAUAACAGGAUUAGUAUUCGAUGGUAUUUCUGGUGAUAACAACAUAGCGAAUACUGAUUAUAUCUCUAAUACUGUACCACCUUCUGUUAGAUGGGAAAGAUCCCAUGAUCCCCAUUCGUCUAUUAAACAUUAUUCUGUUCAAAUAGGAACUUGUCCUGGAUGUGAUGAUAUUUUACCACAAACAGAAACGGGUAACUCUCACAGUCACGUGAUAGAUGGAACUAGAGAUGCUGAUAUUGACUUCCAGGCUUCAAGAACAUAUAUUGGUGGUAAAUGGUAUGGGUUUAAAGAUAGUGAAAGUUCUAUAGAGAAAUAUGAAUGGAGAGUUGGUACUAGUAAAGGUGGUAGUGAAAUAUUGAAACCAGAAACUUUACCUGUUAUAGAAAUAAUCUACCGAUCUAAUCUUCCUCUACUACAACAUUUACCUGUUGGUAUACCUAUCUAUAUCACUGUCACAGCUUAUAAUAAAGCAGGUUUAAGCAGCCAAUCAACAUCUGAUGGAUUUAUAAUAGAUACUACACCGCCAACUGUCGCCAAACAAACCACUCUAUCAUCAACAUUCGCUUCCAUUUUACCGUCAACAAUAAUAUGUAGAACAGGAUUUAAAGUAAAAUGGGAAUUUACUGAUGUACAAUCAGAUAUUGAACAUCAGUAUAUUUCACUUUCACCACAUUUACUUGGUGAUUUCAAUUCUUCAACAACAGAGAUACCAAGUGUUCUAAAAGAGUGUGUAUUUAUUAUAGAUACCAAGUGGUCUAAAAGAAUUCCAAGUGUUCUAAAAGAGUAUGUAUUUAUUAUAGAUACAAAGUGUUCUAAAAGAGUGUGUAUUUAUUUAGAUACCAAGUGUUCUAAAAGAAUACCAAGUGGUCUAAAAGAGUGUGUAUUUAUUAUAGAUACCAAGUGGUCUAAAAGAAUACCAAGUGUUCUAAAAGAGUAUGUAUUUAGUGGUUUAUCUCUACAUGAUGGUAGUAAAUACAAUGUGAAGGUUAUUGGCUGUAAUUUAGCGGGAUUAUGUAUAUCUUCUGUAUCGGAUGAUAUUUUAGUUGAUACAACACCUCCGACUAGAGAUCUUCAUAGUGGUGUACAGUAUUAUCUUUUAUCUGUUGGUACCAAACCAUUUUAUACUGAUUUAAAUAAGGAUGGUAAAACUGUGAAAUACUUGCAUGAGGAUGGUAGAUUAUUGGAAAAUGAAGGAGAAGUACAGACUAAAACAGUUGAAACAUCAGGAAAUCUCGUCCAUGGAAUGUCUGUUUUUAUAUCUAUUGUAGCUACUAAUGGGGAUUGUAUUGCAUCUCACAUGUAUUUUCUACUGGUAGGAUUAAAGAGUCAACCAAUUCACAAUGAAUUUCAAUUGAUACAUGCUGACCUCAGAACAAACGAUCAUGGAUCAUUGGUGAGAAGAUGCCGACCAUAUAAAUGUGAAGGUCAUUGUGUUUGUAGUGAACAAGAUAAAAUAUGUCCUAAACCAGAUGGUAAUGGUUGUAUAACAAAUGACAGUGACAUAGAUUUCAUUCAAGUUAUAGAUGUAACUAAUCUACAAUCAACUGAUAAAGUUCAAACUAAUUAUACACCAACUAAUAUGUUUCUAUCUGCUGAAUGGAGACUUUUAACCAAUACAGCAUCUCAACCCAUUAGGUACGAAGUUAGUAUUGGUCUGUCUGACGAAGACCAGCCCAGUGGCGUGUUUGAUUCAUCUGCCGAACGACAUUGGUUUGAUGUUGGUCAAGAUAUGAGUACAAUUAUUACACUAACCAAAGUAUUUGUAAGAGCGUGGUAUGAUGAUAAAAGAUAUUAUAUUUAUAAAUCACCUGGUAUCACUGUGAUCUCUAAACCUUCAACUCUGAUUUACAUAAGGGGAGUAGCCGUUAAAGAAUUAGAACAGACAACAAGUAAUAAAGAUAUUGACUACCAAAUAAACAACAAUACAAUAAUAGUUGGUUGGAAAGAUAAAUUUAAUGGUGGAAUUCAUGGUAUAGAUUAUUACCAGGUUUAUAUCAGUACACAUCCACAAGGUCACAAUAUCCAUAGGACUGACACAAAAGUAUUGCCACAGCAGAAAUCAUUCAGUAUAUCUGAAUUAAAGUUACAAGAAAAUAAGAUAUAUUACAGCACAGUUUUAGCCUUUAACAAAGCUGGGUUUUGUAGCUGGAGCACCAGUGAUGGCAUCAUAAUUGAUUCUACACCACCUUCAACUGGUAUCAUACAUGAUGGAUUAGGUAUAAGUGCGUUUAUGGCAUUAAAGUAUAUCUCCUGCACCAGGCAGGGCCCACACGACUCUGAAUUCCAGUCAUCUGACAGCUUGAUUUCUGCUUCGUGGUAUGGUUUCUCUGAUAUAGGAUCAGGGAUUGUGAAUUAUAACUGGUGUGUUGGUAGACUGAAUGACACCACUACUUGUGAUAUACUACCAUGGACUAAUGUUGGUUUGGAAAUAAAAACCACCGAUCAAUCGCCUGUUACACUGAAAUCAGCUAAGAUCUUUCAUAAAGUGUAUGCUGUAGAUGGUAGUGGUUUACAAUCACAAGUUGCUGUCUCUAAUGGGAUUAUUAUUGAUACUUCACCACCUGAAGCAAGUUACCUGGAAUUUAUUGGAGAGAAUCUCAUCCUUAAUCCCUCAUUUGAAUCAAUAUCUGAUGACACAACAACUUCUUGUAAUUCUAACAUCCCAGAACAUUGGUCUACAGAUUCACAAUCGUGUGUUAAAACUCGAUCAUCUCAACAUUCAACAGCUCAUGAUGGUGAAGUUUAUAUCACAAUAACAGAUCAGAUUCAACAAACCAUUCAAAAUCUAGAUACAGAUUGUUCUUAUCAGCUUACUGUACAUGUUGGUUACCCACAUGAUAUCUUACUAUCAAAUCAUAUGGUAGAAGGUUUUAUUAGAUUAGGACAUGAAAUAAACAGUUUUAAACUGAAUCCAGAUCUCUGUCAGGGUGAUAGUUCUCAACUUGUCAAUGUGAUUCAUUGGUAUAAAUUCACCUAUAUUUAUCAACCAAUAAAUACACGAGAGAAAUUAGUAAUUGGUACAACAAGAAAUAAUAUGAUAUUGGCUAUAGAUGAUCUAGAACUUAGAAAAAUAAAUCAUAUAUCAUUGAAAGAUACCAACAAUAAUCAUAUAGUAUAUCACCCUACUUUUACACCUCACUGGUCUUCCUUACAUUUUAACUGGUAUUUUAAAGAUAGCGAAAGUUCUAUAGUGGAGUAUCAGUGGGCUCUAGGUACAGUGAAAGGUGGAACUCAGAUCAGAGAAUUUACAACCACUGGUGAUAGAAAUCACGUGACUGUUUAUAAUCUACCCUUGGUUCACAACUCUCGGCUAUAUUUCACUGUUAAAGCGCGAAAUGGUGCUGAUCUAACCUCUCUAUCACAUAGCAACUAUAUGUUGGUGGAUACUACGCCUCCUGUUGUUAUUCAUAUACACGACGGUACAGCAGACACUAGACCUAUUGUUGUUAUUUAUAUACAUGACGGUACAGAUCGGGAUGUUGAUUACCAGACCAGUAAUGGUAUAGCUGUUAAUUGGCAAAUUGAAGAUCCAGAAUCUGGCCUUGACUAUUGUCUCUGGGCUAUAGGGUCUGUGAGAGGAGGAAAUGAUAUACAGAAGUUUACAAGAAUACAGAAAGAUGAGAAUAAAGCUAGUAAAGAAUAUACUGAGAGAGAACCUAUAAAAGUCGGACUAUCUACUGAUGAUUAUAAACUAGAGAAAGAGAUGGAUGAAACUGGUAUUAACUAUGAUGGUGUUAAAUUACAAGGAUUAAAACUGAAACCAGAGACAAACUAUAUGGUUGGCCUAUCUACUUAUGAUUAUAAACUAGAGAAAGAGAUAGAUGAUUAUUGUAUUGUUUUAAAGGUUGGACUCUCUACUGAUGAUUAUAAACUAGAGAAAGAGAUGGAUGAAACUGGUAUUAACUAUGAUGGUUUUAAAUUACAAGGAUUAAAACUGAAACCAGAGACAAACUAUAUGGUGAAUAUUUCUGACGACAGGGAUAUCAAAAUAGCCAAGACAUUAGAUGGUCUAACAUUAAUAAUAUUCUUGACAGAUAUAUUUGUAUCAAACUGGAAAGCUUUAAUCUUUGAAGUUAGUUUGGGUACCAAACAAGGCAGUGGAGAUGUUAUACAGUGGCAAGAAACAAGAAAUGACAGAAUCCGUUUGACAUUACCUAAACAUAGGAAAUAUAAACAACUAUAUCUUACUCUUACUGCAGUGGAUCCUUGUGGUUUAUUUACUACUAUUCGGAAAAUCAUUGUAUUGUAA